GCGGCGACGGGCCGGCUCUGGGCGAUCAGCGACCUGCACACGGACCACGCGGAGAACUGGGACUGGCUCGCGAAGACGCUGGGCGGUGGCCGGUUCCGCCGCGACGGCCUCAUCGUCGCGGGCGACGUGUCGUCGCGGCUCUCCGUCCUCCGGAAGACGCUCGAGCUCUGCGCGGCGAGCUUCGCGUCCGUGGCGUUCGUGGUCGGCAACCACGACCUCUGGAAGGAGCGCGGCGAGGCCUUCGCGUCCGCGGCGGAGAAGCGCGAGGCCAUCGACCGGCUCUGCGCGUCGCUGCACGUGCACACGCGCCCGGCGUACUUUUCGGGCUGCGUCGUCGCGCCGAUCCUGAGCUGGCACCACCAGUCCUGGGACACGGAGCCCGACGUGACGGGCUGGGAGAACCUGCCCAAAGCCGAGCAGUGCAUCGACGUUGAAUCACCCUUUUCCUGCCCAGGCCUGGACAUGACGGACGAAUCCGUCGCGCGAUUCUUCGACGAGGCGAACGGGCCCCUGAGCGACGACGUCGCGGCGCUGCGCGCGGCGCACCCGGGGGCGCCGCUCGUGACCUGCAGCCACUUCGUGCCCCGCAUCGAGCUCGUGCCGGAGAAGCGGUUCCUCUACGUCCCCGCGCUCAACAAGGCCGUCGGGUCGCGGUUCCUCGGCGACCGCGUCGCGGAAUUAAAACCCGACGUCCACGUCUUCGGCCACACGCACUUCGGCUGGGACGCGACGCACGACGGCGUCCGCUACCUGCAGCCGUGCCUCGCGUACCCGUCGGAGCGGCGCGUGCGCCUGACGACGGUCGCCGCGGGCGACUUCCCCCACGCAAAGGGGCCGUUAUUGGUCUUCGACGGGUCGCGCUUCCCGGCGCGCUACGUCUGCGGCUGGAGCUCGUUCUACGAGCACAACGAGCGGCGGCCCGACGUGACGCACGUCGUCCCGGACUACGUCGCCCGGGCCUACAAGCGC